AACAUUAAAUGUGUAUAUAGUCUUUGCUUUAAAUACAUAUUGUGGAUUUCAGUAAACCAAUGCGACUUUUAUAGUGUUUGAUUGUACAACGGAAACCAACCGAUUAUAGACCAUGGCGCAGGAUUUGGAACAGGACACAAAAACAAUAAUUCGGAGCCUCUUAACAUCGUCACCUUCCGUUAUAACCAUAGAAAAUUUAAUAUUUGACCAUAAAAACACAAUAGGUCGUGAUAUACCCUUUCAACAGUUAGGAUACAACUCUUUGGAGCACUUUCUAAAAUCCAUUCCCGAUACAGUUGUUGUCAAAGGCAAUGGACCAAAAGCACAACUUUAUCAUGUUAUGAGUCCAAAAACUCAUCAUAUAGAUCAACUGGUUACAAGGCAGAAAGUAUGCAACAAAAAAGGAUCAUAUACGAAAAAUUUAAGAAGAAAGAUUGCUUAUCCUGUUCAAGUAAAUUUUAUUAACCAAAAUAUGGGUCCAAAGGCAGUGCAGAAAUUUCAGCCAAACACAAAAACUGUAUCAACAACAAAUAAUAAUGAUAUGGGCAAACAAACUACAAACAGUAUAAAAUUAAAUAGUACUACUGAAGGAACAUCAUCUAUUAUAAAAAAACCUGAUAAAUUUGAUGUGGAAAAACCACCUGAAGUUUGUUCUUUAAGGAACUAUACUUUGCCUGAAUGUGAAAACAUUGAUCUAGAUUGGACAAUAAAGAAAUUUUUCUCUAGCCAAGAACACGUGAAAAAGUCUGAUUUUUACAUUGAACCAGAACCUAAAUUUACAGACUCAAAUAUCAACCAUAAUGAAGUAAUAGGAGGAAGCGUUAGUAAAAUCGUCGAGAGGUACACAAAGAUUCCAAAUAAUUUAAAAAUGGAAUUGCAGCAACUGAUAAGAGAAUAUAAAGAUGGGAUAUGGUGCAUAGAUUUGCUGAAAUUUUACAGGGCAAAGUUUAAGAAAAAAUUGGAUUAUAAAUAUCACGGCUACCGUAGUGUACAACAAUUGUGUUUUGAUUUACCCGACGUGUUCGUUUGUGUUUGUGAAGAUCUGGGCCAGUACAAGCUUUAUGAUUGUCAAACGUAUGAGGAAAAAAAAGUGGAAACAAAACAAAGCUCAAAGGAUAUUGAGCCUCUGCUGACCACAGUCAAUUGGAAAAAUUUUGGAAAUAUAAUUCCAGAUGAUGUAUGUAAGUUGGGUACAGAGAUUCCCAGGCACUUUCUGCCAAAGACCACCAAAGCUUAUGAUGAAAUUGAUGUCAUUGUGGGGGAAGUACAUGAUCCCUCAAAGUUUUGGAUUUGUUGUGACGAUUCAAACCUGGAUAAACUGAUGGAUGAAAUACAAAUCUUUUAUAAAGAAAACAAGGACAGCUAUUUGGUUCCGGAAGCUCUGCAAGUUGCGGGACUUUACUGUACCCAAAUUAUUUUUGGAGAAUAUCACAGAGCGUUAAUUAUUGAUUCAAUGCCCAAUGAAAAGGGAAUGAUCAAACUAUUAUAUAUAGAUUAUGGAACGGUGGCAAGGUCUUCGACAACGGGUGUUUGUUUCCUGCUCACCAGGUUUUCAAAUUUACCCUGGCAAAUGAUCAGAACGAGGUUGGCCAACACGUUCCCCGUCGAACAGGAAGUUAGUUGGCCACUUGCGGCAGCAAAACGUUUCCAGAGUUUCAUGCCCGGUCGCAAGUUCAGAGCGAAAGUAAUAGAAAUCGAUUGGAAGGAGGAAAUUGUAGAGGUUUAUUUGGCUGACGUUACUGACAAACAAAUUUUUUAUUUAAAUGAUAUUUUGGUAAAGGAGGGAUAUGCAGUAAACGCUUCAAAGGAUCGCAGACGUCCAUCUCCAAGUAUAGCGUGCCUGCCACCCCUAGUACAAAAUCUCCAUUUAUUUCCAACAUUCGACGAACUGGAAUACGGUCUCGCCGUUUGCCGGCUCGAACUUCACGCGCAAUUCGCGAACGAAGGUCUUGUCGAGUUCAUAAUGCCGCACUACUUCCAACGGCAUCCGGAUGGCGAAGCCCUUAGGAAGAGUGUGGAGGAGGGUUGCGAGAGGCGGUGCCGCCAAAACAAUGAUCUGGUACACGACUACGAUGUCGAUCAGUUCGUCGGGUACAUCGACUUUGACUGUCUGGAGGAAGUGCUGGACGAUAUGAAGGACAUUAUUGAGGAAAACGUGAUAUUCGAGGGUGAGCAAGGACAGGAAAGCGGCUUAACGGAGGCCGAGCAACUGGCGGAAGAGAACAAGACGUUGUUACUUGAUAUCGACAAGUAUCUGUCGUUUGAUGUGGAUGCAAUUUCAGAUAUUACGAAUUAUAAUAACGCUUCAGACAUCUCACAGGACCAGGAAUCUGUCGUUCAAAGAGUGGAAACUUUUGUUCCCGAUGCGUCGUCUACAAAUCCGUUCUUGAGGUCCUUGUCACCCCCAAAUACUUCAGUAUUAAGUACCUCAACAAAUCCUUUCUUAUACAACUUUGAUGAGUCGCCACUACGGCAACAUACGUGGUCAGAAAUAAAGGACGAAAGUACCACAGUUAGGUCAAAUUCGGAUUCUUCAACCAAAAACUGUUUAAAUACUCAGAAUAACGGAUUAAAUGUUUCGAAUUAUUUCCAAUUAACUAAUAAUAUGUUUGUUCAAAGGGUGACUUCAACAAAUCGGUCAAUAAACGCUCCAGAUCCAGGUUUUCAAACAUCCCAACCUAAUAAUUUGGCAACACCUUUAAGCACUUACCUGCCUCACAAUAGGUUGGUGCAACUUCCGUAUAAUUAUGGAUCUAACGAUCUCAUAUGGAAUAAUUCUCAACAGUUAUAUCAAAUGUUUCUGAAACGUAGGAAUUAAAUGUUGGUUUUGUUGUUUAAAAUGAAAGUAUUUUAUAUUUGUUUUUAUAAGGUACCAGGACAAAAUAUUAAUUGUGUUUGUUAAUGUUAUAUAUAAAAAAACAUAUUAUGUUAGUUUUGUUAAACUAUGUCUCAUUUUUAUUUUCUUAAUUAAAUAAAUACUAUCUAACAUGGGAAAUAUUUCUCAAAAUUAAAUCAUUCAAAUUAAUGCAUUCAAAAUGCAUUUUUAAUUU